AUGGUUAGAAUUAACAAUCGUCACUUUCACGAAGCAUACGAAUAUAUCAAGGAAGAUGCAGCAGAUAGCAACAGUAGUUGCAUUGUUUUUGUUUCUGCCACUGAUGUAGACUCAUUGUGUGCAGUUCGCUUAUUGCAGGCUAUCCUGAAGAGUGACUUUAUACAACAUAGAAUUGUACCUAUUGCAGACCCUCAGGAUCUUGAAACUGCUAACCAAAAACUGAUAGCUGGCGACGAUGAGUUGCGAUCAGUCAUUAUGAUCAAUUGCGGAGGUACUGAGGACAUAAACAACCUGCUUACACUCAAUGACUCUGCCAAAGUAUACAUUAUCGAUAGUCAUCGACCUUUAAACCUUGAUAAUCUGGUACCUGAAACUGACCACGUCUGUGUGUUUACCGAUGAACUUGAAACAGCCAAACUGAACACAUAUAUUGACGCGUUUAAGAGAACAACGUCUUAUGAUUCUGAUGAUAAUCUUUAUAGCAGCGGCGAUAUGUCUGAUGAAGAUUUAGAGGAUGAUUAUGGACGAGUCAGAAACCCGCGAAUCACUAAAAGAAGACGGUACAAUGACCGUGAUCAUAUCUCUUUAACAAGCAAUCAACGAAGCGAGCGAAGACGUCUCAAUAUACUGCUUACAAACUACUUUGCAUCGGGAUAUUAUUAUGCCAAUUCUGCAGCAGGAACCAUUUAUGAGCUUGCGCAACAAUUAGGCAAAACCAAUAAUGAGCUAUUAUGGCUAGCUAUUGUAGGCGUGACAUCCCAGUAUAUAUUCGAAAAAAUUGAUACCUCACGAUAUAACAGCUAUGUUCAGGAAUUUCGUACGGAGAGAACACGGCUGAACAUAGAUUAUACGAAUGAAGAAGGACAAAACCAAUCACAGCAACAGCAUGCGAGUUUUUCGAUUCAAGCAGAGGACGAAUAUAGAUUUCUGAUGUUUCGACACUGGAGCUUGUAUGAGAGUAUGUACUAUUCCGGUUAUGUAGCGACAAAAUUAGCAGUUUGGAAAGACGAUGGAAAGAAGCGCCUUAAUCAUAUGUUUGCACGAAUGGGAUUCUCGUUACAGCAAUGCCAACAAAUCUUCACACAUAUGGAUAUGGAUCUCAAACAGCAAUUGAAGGAUAAGAUUGCAGCCAUUGCGCCUAUGUACGGCCUUACAGAUAUGUGCUUCCCCAGCUUCACGAGAAAUUAUGGCUAUGAAUGCUGCUUAUCUGCCAGUGAUGUGGUCCAUGCAUUAUCCACGCUAUUAGAAACGAGCCCAACAGCUAUAACACGUUUCAAAGGAACCUUUGAUUGGGAAGACAAGGAUACUGUAUGGGGGCCAAAAUCAGAGGAUAUUGUGGCAGAUAAUCGAGCUGUAAAAAGCAGUCGGCAAAAUUGGUGGAUGAAGAAUUUUUAUACCGCUUAUGAUGCACUUACAGGCUCGUCAGCAGACAAGAUAAAACAAGGACUUCAACUAUGCAUGCAGACUCAGAAGGUUAUCAUUGAUCAGGGAACAGACCUAUUUGAGAAAAGGGGUGUAAAAACAAUCAACAGAUGUUAUAGAGGCGUCACCCUAGAACAACAUACCCCAGACAUUUCUAUAUUCCAGCACCCAUCAUCAGUGAGAAAGCUAGCAUUAUUCAUUACCGAGGCAUUUAGAGAACACGGAACAAGGAAUCUGCCUAUCCUGGUUGCUGUAGCAGACGAGAUUGAAAACACAAGUUUGGUGAUAGGCAUAUCAGGUGCACCCACAUUUGGUGAAACACGUAAAAAUAAAUUCAGCCUUGCGUACGCAGAAACAGCAGAAAAAAUGCACGCCAAAUUUUCGCAAGAUUCUUUUGAUGUGGAAGUGAUACAAAUACAUAAUGAUGAUCUGCAACCUUUCUUACGAAACAUGAAAUAUCCAACGGGGAAGUAG